AUGAAGUGUGGCACAGAAAAGGAUCAUUUGACCUUGUUCUGUGGUCUGCUGCUGUGUGUCUCCGCGAUCUGCCUUCGGCCCGCAAAUGGAGAAAUUUGCGGUCCCGGCAUCGACAUUGGUAAUGACAUCAGUGAGUUCCGUCGCCUGGAGAACUGUACGAUCGUCGAGGGUUACCUCCAGAUCCUCCUCAUAGGAGACAAGAACUACAACCUCAACCAGGAAGUGUUCCGAUCGCUCUCCUUCCCCAAACUCACCAUGAUCACUGACUACCUGCUGCUGUUCAGAGUCUCCGGCCUGGACUCCCUGUCCACCCUGUUCCCUAACCUCACGGUGAUCCGAGGACGAAAUCUCUUUUAUAAUUACGCCCUGGUGAUCUUUGAGAUGACUUCUCUGAAGGACAUCGGCCUCUACAGCCUCCAGAACAUCACUAGAGGAGCCAUCCGGAUCGAGAAGAACCCCGAGCUCUGUUAUCUGGACUCUAUUGACUGGUCUGUGAUCAUGGAUGCUGAGUUGAAUAACUUCAUAGCGGGGAAUAAACAGAGUAAGGAGUGUGGGGACGUGUGUCCAGGCAUCAUGGAGGAAAGCCGUCAAUGCAUCAGGACCAACUUCAACAACAACUUUAACUGUCGCUGCUGGACCUCCAACCACUGUCAGAAAGGUAGGAACCGUCUCAGGGUUUCUAUCUGUCCUCUGCUGUUUGAAUGAGUGUGGCUAGCUGCUGGACCUCCAACCACUGUCAGAAAGGUAGGAACCGUCUCAGGGUUUCUAUCUGUCCUCUGCUGUUUGAAUGAGUGUGGCUAGCUGCUGGACCUCCAACCACUGUCAGAAAGGUAGGAACAGUCUCAGUGUUUCUAUCCAUCCUCUGCUGUUUGAAUGAGUCUGGCUAGCUGCUGGACCUCCAACCACUGUCAGAAAGGUAGGAACAGUCUCAGGGUUUCUAUCCAUCCUCUGCUGUUUGAAUGAGUGUGGCUAGCUGCUGGACCUCCAACCACUGUCAGAAAGGUAGGAUCAGUCUCAGGGUUUCUAUCCAUCCUCUGCUGUUUGAAUGAGUGUGGCUAGCUGCUGGACCUCCAACCACUGUCAGAAAGGUAGGAUCAGUCUCAGGGUUUCUAUCCAUCCUCUGCUGUUUGAAUGAGUGUGGCUAGCUGCUGGACCUCCAACCACUGUCAGAAAGGUAGGAACAGUCUCAGGGUUUCUAUCUGUCCUCUGCUGUUUGAAUGAGUGUGGCUAGCUGCUGGACCUCCAACCACUGUCAGAAAGGUAGGAACAGUCUCAGGGUUUCUAUCCAUCCUCUGCUGUUUGAAUGAGUGUGGCUAGCUGCUGGACCUCCAACCACUGUCAGAAAGGUAGGAUCAGUCUCAGGGUUUCUAUCCGUCCUCUGCUGUUUGAAUGAGUGUGGCUAGCUGCUGGACCUCCAACCACUGUCAGAAAGGUAGGAACAGUCUCAGGGUUUCUAUCCGUCCUCUGCUGUUUGAAUGAGUGUGGCUAGCUGCUGGACCUCCAACCACUGUCAGAAAGGUAGGAACCGUCUCAGGGUUUCUCUCCGUCCUCUGCUGUUUGAAUGAGUGUGGCUAGCUGCUGGACCUCCAACCACUGUCAGAAAGGUAGGAACAGUCUCAGGGUUUCUAUCCAUCCUCUGCUGUUUGAAUGAGUGUGGCUAGCUGCUGGACCUCCAACCACUGUCAGAAAGGUAGGAUCAGUCUCAGGGUUUCUAUCCAUCCUCUGCUGUUUGAAUGAGUGUGGCUAGCUGCUGGACCUCCAACCACUGUCAGAAAGGUAGGAACCGUCUCAGGGUUUCUGUCCGUCCUCUGCUGUUUGAAUGAGUGUGGCUAGCUGCUGGACCUCCAACCACUGUCAGAAAGGUAGGAACCGUCUCAGGGUUUCUGUCCGUCCUCUGCUGUUUGAAUGAGUGUGGCUAGCUGCUGGACCUCCAACCACUGUCAGAAAGGUAGGAACAGUCUCAGGGUUUCUAUCUGUCCUCUGCUGUUUGAAUGAGUGUGGCUAGCUGCUGGACCUCCAACCACUGUCAGAAAGGUAGGAACAGUCUCAGUGUUUCUAUCCAUCCUCUGCUGUUUGAAUGAGUGUGGCUAGCUGCUGGACCUCCAACCACUGUCAGAAAGGUAGGAUCAGUCUCAGGGUUUCUAUCCGUCCUCUGCUGUUUGAAUGAGUGUGGCUAGCUGCUGGACCUCCAACCACUGUCAGAAAGGUAGGAACAGUCUCAGGGUUUCUCUCCGUCCUCUGCUGUUUGAAUGAGUGUGGCUAGCUGCUGGACCUCCAACCACUGUCAGAAAGGUAGGAACAGUCUCAGGGUUUCUAUCUGUCCUCUGCUGUUUGAAUGAGUGUGGCUAGCUGCUGGACCUCCAACCACUGUCAGAAAGGUAGGAACAGUCUCAGUGUUUCUAUCCAUCCUCUGCUGUUUGAAUGAGUGUGGCUAGCUGCUGGACCUCCAACCACUGUCAGAAAGGUAGGAACCGUCUCAGGGUUUCUAUCUGUCCUCUGCUGUUUGAAUGAGUGUGGCUAGCUGCUGGACCUCCAACCACUGUCAGAAAGGUAGGAACAGUCUCAGGGUUUCUAUCCGUCCUCUGCUGUUUGAAUGAGUGUGGCUAGCUGCUGGACCUCCAACCACUGUCAGAAAGGUAGGAACAGUCUCAGGGUUUCUCUCCGUCCUCUGCUGUUUGAAUGAGUGUGGCUAGCUGCUGGACCUCCAACCACUGUCAGAAAGGUAGGAACAGUCUCAGGGUUUCUAUCUGUCCUCUGCUGUUUGAAUGAGUGUGGCUAGCUGCUGGACCUCCAACCACUGUCAGAAAGGUAGGAACAGUCUCAGGGUUUCUAUCCAUCCUCUGCUGUUUGAAUGAGUGUGGCUAGCUGCUGGACCUCCAACCACUGUCAGAAAGGUAGGAUCAGUCUCAGGGUUUCUAUCCGUCCUCUGCUGUUUGAAUGAGUGUGGCUAGCUGCUGGACCUCCAACCACUGUCAGAAAGGUAGGAACAGUCUCAGGGUUUCUAUCCAUCCUCUGCUGUUUGAAUGAGUGUGGCUAGCUGCUGGACCUCCAACCACUGUCAGAAAGGUAGGAUCAGUCUCAGGGUUUCUAUCCAUCCUCUGCUGUUUGAAUGAGUGUGGCUAGCUGCUGGACCUCCAACCACUGUCAGAAAGGUAGGAACAGUCUCAGGGUUUCUAUCUGUCCUCUGCUGUUUGAAUGAGUGUGGCUAGCUGCUGGUUUGGUUCACGAUGCGCUCCAUAUUUUCUCAAUCGAAAAGUCUUGUUGCUUGUUUAUUUCAACGUACUAAGUGGGACGUUUUUGAGAGGAACUUGCCAUGUGUAUGUUUAUAAAGCUGAUUUUUAUCGGCCGACUAUAAGAAACGAUUUAAUAAGAUUUCUGCGAAAAUGCUCAAUAAUUUAUAUUUGUCCUGAAGAGGGCGCUCUUUACAUGGCUGUAAAGCUAUCUUGCCUCGGCGUGGUAGAGCAAUACUGAACACUAUCGCCCAAUGAAACUACACCAGUCAGAGAGGAGAGUGAACUACUGUUACUGCGUCUAUGGUGAGUGCAGAGUAGACUGAAGCUUGCCAGCUCAAUAAAGUGGCAGAAAUGGGAACUGGCCAUUACGGGUGUCAACGUUAAUAAGACAUUGGGAUCUUUAAAAUUACGGGAAAAAAUCCAUAAAUGAAAAUCGAGAUGUGUGUGUGUAUAUAUACAAAAUGUAAUUCACAGUGCAGUUAUCACAAAACUAACAAGCCCCGAUCGUCAUAAAGGAGAAAAUAAAAAUCCUAAUGCGGGGUCGUAGGUCGUCAUUUUAAAUGACAAUUUGUUCUUAAAUGACUUGCCUGGUUAAAUAAAGGUUACAUUUAACAAAUAAAAUGCAA